UUUCAGCCAAACAACAGGUGCUUGGCCAUCAAUCCCCAUUGGAAUUGACAGUGAUGCUAUGCAAACCUUUUAAAAAAUUAUAUUCUAAACCCAAAAAGUUCAGUCACUCAUUACACAUUAUAUAAAUAUUCACUGCUGCAGAAAAAAGAAAAUAAACCUUUCAUGAUUUUUACACUAAAAGGUUUUCGGGAUUGAAAUAUUUUUCUUACAGGGCUACGAAGAUGUAAUCAAAAUAGAGGAAUUAACAAGAUACGUGUACUUAAGCAAACAAAUAAAUUCCACCGGGUAUGUCCCAUUGUGAAAUGAGAUUUGCAAUCACGAAAUGCAAUAAAUUGCAAUGCGAGAUCAUGGAAAGGGCUCACUUCAAAGCAAAGUUGCAAUAGUGCAUAUUAGAAUUCAGCAGUACUUGGGGCAGAAUAUAAUAAAAUAUGGCCACCAAUUCAUCCAUUCAUCAAAUUUACCGACUUUGGCAAAGAAUUGUUGUACAAUUGCACCAAAGUGGUUAAACCGGAUAUGAGCGAGAUUGACAUUGAAAAAUUUAUGGAAAAAUCAUGCAGCUUUUCUGUAGAGUUUGGCACCGAUACAUGUCGGGUGAUGAGCCAACCUACGGAACUUUAUCCAGUUAUUACGCAACAAAUCGCCUCUGCAUAUCCCAUAAUACAUGAACGAGUUUUAUAUUUGUAUCUGGCAUUCCUGGAGCACAAGUUGAAAUAUGGAAAUCAAAUAGAACGCGCCGUUUACACAAGAAUGAUACUAACCGCAUUUGUUCAAAGGCUGCUAGAGAAGCGUUGUGCAUCAUUUUAUGGUUGUAUAGACCAUUAUCUACUAGUCACUGGGGAAAAAGGCUAUGGCGGAUUUUGUGAAGUGGGUACUAGCGCCGAAAGAGCGCCGUUGCUGCUGAAGGAUGUAUUAAGUUAUGAUGAAAUUAAGCUUACCGCUUUAUUAUCAAUCUCUUCUCAUACGGAAUUCAUAAAUGAUGGCAAUCGUUACAACGAGGGCAUCGUCGAAGAAGACAAAUCAAAAAUCGAGCCUACAGGUGUAGUUAUUGGUCUGAUAGGCGGGCGUUUUCAAGUAAAAGAUGCAAUGGAAUGGCAAGAUAUAAUGAUUACUGCCUCGCAGAAUACUAGAGAGAAUGGUUAUGGAUAUACGCCACAAGAGUCAAAGGGUGGAAACUGUCGCAACGUUAGUUAUCGUCAGAUGUGGACACAAUUCUAUGAAGAGCAGGAUUUAAUCUAUGAAAACGUCAAAACACUGAAUUCGAAACGCUUCUUCAAAGGGCCGGAUACUAGAUUUAUUUUCGACAACUUAAUGAUGAAGAAGCGCUAUGCUAUCUCUUUUGAUACACUGCUGCUGGAAGCAGAAGCGCGUGGCGCUGCUGCUAACAAGCAAAUGUAUGUACAUGUGGUUGGCAUAGGGUUGGGCUCGUGGAGAGCUGUGCCUCAGCAAGAAAAAAUAUUUUUAGAGACCUUCGCUGAACGUCUGCAAGAGCUACUAGCGCAGCUAGCACACAUUUCCGUUGUGCACUUCUCAUAUUUCUCUAUGGCCGCGUGGGCGAAUUUUCAGGAUGGCGGAGUAAUUAAAUCGAUAACUCAUCCAGCGGGAGGCGUUAAAAUUUUCAUGCACAACCGUAAUCCCGCACAGAAGUUGGCACCAGAAUUCGCAAAUAUGCUGAUAAUAGAGUCCUAUGCCUGGGCCGGCAAUGCACUUCCCGGAAACGAUUUUUGGCUUGGUGCACUGGCUUCUUCCGGUGAUCCUGCUGCUGCUUGUAGCACUCUCAUAUCCGAAUUGCAUAAUCCGCAUAUUAACACAAAAUUGGUGAAUGGUGAUAAUUUACAUGUGGCUUCGAGUCGCUUUGGCGUUUUGCAUAUUGCAGAGUAUGCAAAGAAGAUUUUAGAGCAUGAUAGUCAAAUAUUAAAUUAAAUACGUUUUUAUACCAGAACUAACUUUUUUACAUAAGCUUUUUUAAAGGACUUUUAAAA